CAGCAACGACAGCCAAUCGAAGCCCAGUAGGUGUUCAGUGCAUUUUAGAUGGUGGCCUUUUGGCUUCUGUUGUCGAGACGAAUCGGGUGACGGGCGAACGAAGGAGCGAAGCAGUGGAAACCGAAGGGGGAUUCGGGCUUGAAUUUCUCGGAUAUGGCCCAAGAGACAAAUCAGACUCAAGUGCCUAUGCUGUGUGCCACCGGAUGCGGAUUCUAUGGGAACCCGCGUACAAACGGGAUGUGCUCGGUGUGUUAUAAGGACUUUUUACAGAGACAGAACAGCAACGGAAGAGUAAGCCCACCAGCAGCCAGCGUGAGCGGCGUCGGAGAGAGCCUGCCCACGCAGUGUGCGGAGAGCAGCGUUUCACAAGUGUCACCAGUGUUCGCCCAGACGGACGCGCCGCUGGAGCAAAGCAGUGCUGUAUCCCGCCCAGCUCUGUUAUCACAAGCGUUGCUAACACAUUCUGAAGAGUGUGAUUCAACGGGGGACAAAGAAGUGCUGAAAACUGAAGAAUUAAAGGCCGUGGUGACGGAGAACUCGGACCAGGCCCGUGUAGAAGGACAGGAGAUAUCUUUUGACAAACCAAAACAAAAGAGGAACCGCUGCUUUACAUGUCGCAAGAAAGUGGGGCUCACAGGUUUCGACUGCAGAUGUGGAAACAUAUUCUGUGGAAUCCAUCGAUACUCCGAUGUUCACAACUGUACUUUUGACUAUAAAACGGAUGCUGCUGAGAGGAUUAGGAAAGAAAAUCCUGUAGUUGUUGGAGAAAAAAUCCAGAAGAUCUGAAUCACUGAUUAGGUGGAUUUUGGUUGAGCCUGCAAUUUAGAUUAGCAAGUUUCUCCCUUUUAAUUUGAAUUUCAUGGAAAUUGUGAGCGAUCCAUUAUAGAUCAUAAAUCAUGCAUGCCACAAGGAUAUACAUCUUUGAAAAGAAAAUUGAUUCAGCUGCAGUUAUUUGAAUUUUUUUCCUGAAUGUUGUGGUUUGUAAAUCUAAACAUGUUUUAGAAUAAACAAAUUAAUGCCAUAUCUGUCCUAAUUAUAUAUAAAGUAGGGCCUUUAUAACAAUUAGGCGAGACUAAUGGAAGCACAGCUUUUCUGCAGUCUUACAUUGCAUGUUUUUUUUUUUGCUUAUGUUGUACUGUAUAUAGUUUCUUCCAAUAACUGAAUGUAUUAUAAGAUAUGAUUGAGUUUGUUCUACAUUAACUGCAUUUUUUUCCCAAUAUUACUUUUUUCUAUAACUUUUGGCAUAUUUACAAAUGUAUGACUGGUUUAAAAAAAAAAAAAAAACUUUUGUGUGCAUGUACUUUGAGUGAAUGAGAGUGCGCUGCCUGGCUGAGCUCUAGUACGCGAGUAGUGGAUAUGAGUGAAAGAAUGAAUAUGAAAUGAAUGAAUGAUUUUGAAUGUUAUAAAAAUUAAAUGAAUGAAAAAUAUUGUAUUUGUUAGUUUGUGCACUGUUAUCU